AUGCUUCAUAGAAAAAGAACAUGUAAUUGUGGAAAAGAAAUGCGUAAAGAAAAGCGUGGACAAAAUGGAAGAUGGAUAUGUAAGAAAUCAGUAUGCAGUAUCCUAUGGCAAAAAUUGAAAAGACGACAUAAAACUGAAUUUGGUACUGUUGAAACAACGUUUGAAAGUUAUAUGAAUGAGUUUGUAUGGAAACAGAAAUUUGGAGGAGAUGACUGUUUUUUUCAUUUAAUUUCACAAAUAACAAAUAAUCAAAAAUAUUUGUGCGAAUAAAAAUUAAUCCUUUGACAGUUAGUUUGCUACAAGCUAAAACAUUAUCUUUUAAAAAAAAGGGAAAAAGAAGGAAAGGAAAAGUC